AACCAUGGUCGCAUAUUGCAUACCGCAGGCGCAUGAAAUCGACACGUGUGUGUGUAAUGAAUCGAGGUUGGAACACAUUUAUUUACAUUUAUUUAUUUUUUUAUUGGUGAAAAAUGAUAGAAAAUGAAUUAAGAACUUUAAAAAUCAUUUAUAAUUUUAUUGCUAAUUAGGAAAUAAUUUAAUAUUUUCAAGUGUUUAAAAGUGUAGAUAAAUAUGUGCGAAAUAACUCUAAGUUGGAAGUAAAAAAUAUUGCUAGAAAUAAGAAACUGUAAACUUUUUUUACGUGCAAAAUGAGACGUAAAUUCAAGAAUAAACCAGCGGAGAAAACGCGUAAAGUAUUACGCAAAGAAAAGAGGCAACAAAAGAAGAUAAACAAGGCAGCAUAUUUCUCAAAAAAGAGAAAUCAAAAACAAGAACAGAACGAGAUUAAAGAAGCACCAUCGACGAAAGCGCAAAAACGACCAAGGUCUGAUGAUACGAAGGAGAAAAGACAGGAAAUAAAUGCGAAAAAACAAAAAAUGGACCAAUUAAAACGAGCCAACGUGGACGAGGAUAGAAUGAUUAAACAAUUAGAGAAACGAUUGAAGUUGAACAAACGAAAGAGCAAAUCCACUCCAAAAUCUUUCGUAUCGGAUGGUUUAGAUUACCUUUUGGACUUUUGUGAUUCUGAGAAUAGGAGUAACAUAGUUGAAACUGAGAAGCAAUUAUUAGAAACUGGAUUCAGUACAGAAUUGGAAGAGGAUUUGAAUAUAGCUAUUGGUGCUGAAGAUAAUAUUGAGGAUGAAGAUGAAAAAUUUGACAGAGACAGUAAUAUAGAUGAUAAUGAAGACUCAGAGCAAGAUAUGGACAAUAAGAGUCUUUUAACGAAUGAAAAUUCAGAUCAAGAUGAUAGUGAAGAUAUUCCAGAAAAGACAAAUGACACUGAGAAAUAUCCAACAGCAAGUGAUGAGGAUGAGUUGGAGGAUGAAGAGUCAAGGCAUGUCACAUUAGAGCAAUCUAAUGAUAGUGAAGACUUGUGGGAAGAUAUUUAUGGUAGGCAAAGAGACAAGAAGGGCAAUGUUGUAUCAAAGAAAUAUGUGCCACCUGCAGCACGUGUUACAAGUACAGAUAUCUCUAUCGGUGAUGAGAAGACUCGUAGAUUGGAAAAACAAUUGAAAGGAAUCCUGAAUAGAUUGGCAGAGCAAAAUAUGCAUACUAUUGGGAAUCAGGUAGAGGAAAUGUACAUGUCGAAUAGUCGUAAUGACAUGAAUGUACUGUUAUCUAAACUAAUGAUAGAAAGCAUAGUUGCACCAGUGCUAACUCCGGAUCGACUUAUAUGUGAACAUAUGAUGUUGGUUGCCAUAUUACAUGCAAAUGUUGGUACAGAAAUUGGUGCACAUUUUUUGUUGACUGUUGUAAGAAAGCUUCACCAAAUGCUGGAAGAAUCUCAUUGUAUUGAGAAUAAGGAAUUAGAUAAUAUAAUCCUUAUAAUUUCACAUCUUUAUAAUUUCAAGGUGUAUGGCCAUCGACUUUUAUAUCAAAUAUUAGAUAAAUUGAUAGCAAAGUUCACAGAGAAAGAGAUCGAACUAAUUUUACUGAUUUUAAGAACAGUGGGUUUUCAAUUAAGAAAAGAUGAUCCAAUUGCAUUGAAAGAAUUGAUAUUAAAUUUGCAACAAAAGGCAAACAAUGCUACUCUGGAAAAUUCAAGAGUUAAAUUUAUGUUAGACGUGUUACUGGCAAUAAAGAAUAAUAAUAUGAGCAAAAUACCUCAAUAUGAUCCAUCUCAGAUAGAACAUUUAAAGAAAAUUUUAAAAAAUUUUAUCCAUAAGGGUAAUAAUGUUACACAAUUUAAUGUAACUCUAGAAGACUUAUUAGAAGUUGAUGAAAGAGGAAAAUGGUGGAUAGUAGGGUCAGCCUGGUCUGGUCUCAAAGAUAUUGGUAAAUUGGAAAAUACUUCAGAAGACAAGAAACAAAAAUAUAGCGACAAAAUAUUGGAGUUGGCACGAAAACAAAGAAUGAAUACUGAUGUUAGAAGAGAUAUCUUUUGCGUGCUAAUGACAGCCGAAGAUUAUUUAGAUGCGUUUGAAAAGAUUCAUCAUCUUGGUUUGAAAAAUCAACAGCAAAGGGAAAUAAUUUAUGUUAUCUUCAAUUGUUGUAUUCAAGAGAAAAAAUUUAAUCCUUAUUAUGCCAUACUGGCACAAAAGCUAUGUGACUCUGACAGAAAAUAUCAGCUAACUAUACAGUAUGCAUUGUGGGAUAAGUUGAAGACAUUAGAAGAUUUAAAUACAAAACAGUUAACAAAUCUGGCAAAGUUUUUGACUCAUCUAUUUUUAGGCAAAGGUCUUCCUCUUUCCGUUUUAAAAGUAAUCCAAUUUACUGAAUUAAAUAAGUUAACCAUGAGACUUAUACGACAAGUUAUGUUAGGAAUAUUGUUACAUGAAAAUGAAGACGCCUGUUUAGAAGUAUUUGGAAAAAUAUCUUUAUCUCCAAAGUUGCAAACUUUCAGGGAAAGUCUUAGAUUAUUCAUAAAUCAUUUUCUUGUCAAAAAUGUCAGUGCUGUUGAAAAUUUGCAGAAACAAAGUGAAUUACUGAAUAAACGGGCAGAAUGGGUAGAUAAAAUAUUAAGUACUCGCGAAUCAAAAUUUGUAUUUUAAGAGUAGAUU